AUGGCGAGCAAUGUUGAGGCGUGGGUCUUGCUCUCCUUGGCUCUGGCCAUAAUCCUUGUGCGUAUCUUUGUACGAUGGACACUUGUAGGGCCGGCCAACUUCCAACUGGAUGAUUAUUUCAUGCCAUUGGCGGGCAUUUUCUUUGCCGCGGAGACAGUGGCAGCUUACCUCGUCGUGGCUAACUAUGAGGGUUUGACAAAUAGCUACAUGACGACUGAACAACGAGCAACAAUUCGGUAUAAUUCUACUGAGUGGGUGAAUCGUGUUGCUGGGUCAAAGAUUCAGGUCACUGGAUGGUCGCUGUUCGUGGUUAGUCUCUGGUUGGUCAAGUUUAGUCUGGCAGUCUUCUAUUCCCGAUUGACAACUGGCCUGCAAAAUCUCCCAGCCAGAGUCAGACUGGCGUAUGUUAUUUUGUCCGUAACGUACCUCGCAACACAGCUGUCCUUGUUGCUAUCAUGUCAACCCUUCCAUGCGUUCUGGCAAAUCAGUCCUAACCCAGGCAAGUACUGCCAACCAACAAAUUCCCCAGUAUAUGUACUGGUUGUCGUGAUUCUUGACAUCAUCACGGACAUGUAUCUUUUGUCGAUCCCGCUCCCUCUUCUAUGGGCUGUAAAGAUCAACCUUAAACGGAAAAUUCCCCUAGUGGCUCUCUUUUCUGGAGCGGCAUUCGUCAUUGCAGCGGCUAUCAUUCGAGCCGUUUCUAUCAUCAGCUCAGGGGCCGAUGGCGCGUCGACGGGCUCUAAAUGGGCUUGUCGCGAGACCUUUGUCUCAAUUGUUGUUUCUAAUUUGCCCAUUGUGCAGCCACUGAUUCGGAAGGGCUUCAGCAAGAUCGGUCUUUCCCAACUGUUUAGUUCCGCUGGAAAACCAUCAGGGCAGUCAUAUCCACUCUCCAGUCGAGGCUUACAAACCCUGACAAAUGGCGAUGAAGGGAAAGCGAGAAAGGGUAAGAUGAACGCCGCAGCGCCAUCUCAUAUGCAGUCUUCCGCAUGGGGCAGUGAUGAGAAUGUUCUCAUUGAGCCUGAUUCUUCUUCGAAGAACAUCACUGUUGUUUCGGAAACUGUCGUACAGAGUGAACCAUUGAGCUGGGAUGGAGGGUCUAGUGUGAGUCAUUCAACUACACCCCCAAGUCAGUGGAAGAGCCAAUUAUCAGGUCACUAG